AGUGGGCCGCGGAGCCUUCUGGGGCUUGUGGUCUCUGGGCUUCCCAGUCCACUUCCCGGGGCUAGAACUCGGAGGAAGCUCGAGGGGCUUCCACAAUCCAAGUCUGGUGUCCAGAGCUGCCCGAGCAAACACUGCAGUUCUUGCGAGCCUGGAGGAUGGCACAGAGCUCCUGCCCCAACGCUGCCUCCCUGACCUGCUGUGGCUCUCCACUGAGGGCGCCCUCCCACCUCUGCAGCAACCUUGAAGGAGCAAAAGCCAGGAUGGAUGAUCAAACAUGGCAGUUGAAAACUACUAAGUUGGCUUUGGCCUUGGCAAUUAUCCACUCAAAACCAGCAAACCGAAGCAGCAGAGAGUACACAGAGCACCUUGCAAGGGUGGUGUCCGAGCAGGAGUCAAAGUGGAAAUCAAAAGUUGAAACCUUGGAAGCUGAAGUUCUGCAGUUACGUCAGAAGCUUCUUCUCAACAGUAUUUGCUCAGGAUCAUUUAAGAAUGGAGAUUCAUCUUUCCAGUUGCAGACUCAGGAGCCUAAAAGUUCUGAGAACACAUUAAGUAUGCAGGAAGAUUCUGGGUGCGAUUUAUCAAAUGAGCAGAGGAUGGAACCUGCAGAGAUACCCCAGCACUUUGUGCAGAGCUGUGCUCCCACACUCUUUCCACCACUCCCCAUCAUGAAAAGGCAUAGCAGGACUCCAGGAAAUCCUCUGUCAUCUCACAUGCAAUUUCUGCAACAUCUGCUUGAACUGAAAUGCUUGACAGAAUCUGGAAGUCUGAAAACAGACUUAAGCCAAUUUGAAAAUAACUUUUCCACAGUAUCUGAUUCUGUUCUUCAGUUGCUAGAUGGCUUGAUCACUUUUUACCAUAAACCCAAAUUUCCUUCCUCAAGCUUUUGGACAGAAGCUGUUGAUACUUUAGCUAAACUGGUCAAUGACUGUAACUUGUCUGAUCAUAUUCUUAAAAAGUGUUACAAGAAGUUUGAGGAAUUUGAGAAAACACUAUUACAAGCUAUUCUAAGGAACAGUCAUAUAAACCGGUUUCAGGUACAGCAUUAUGUCUCUCAGAGUCUCGUAACCCUGGGAAGUUGCAGCUCAUUGAGGAAAUCUAUAAUAUCUCUGCUUCUAUCAGAAGUAAACAGCUUUGCUGAUGACCUGGGUACCAUCAAUCAGGUGCAAACCAGCUAUGAUGUGACACGCUAUGAAAAUAGUUUCUCUCUAUUCUGGAUUCUGGAACAACUUCUACAAAAAGAAGCUGAAGAAGGCAGCACAUCAAGUAAAGGGAAUGAUGACCAAGAAAUCAAGAAAUUUCUGCAGAAGCAUGAUGAAAUUAUUUUCCAACUCUCUGAUACAUUUCCUUUAUUUACUUUUUAUUUAUGGAGACUAGGAGUUCUCUUGAACUCAGAAGAGACAAAGACUUGAAAACAACUUACUUCCUUAGUAAUCUGCCAAGUGUUAGAAGCAUAUUAGCACUGCACAAAUGAAGACCUUGUGUUUAAAAUAUUUCUGAAGCUAGUUUAAAAUGAACAUUUUUAAAUGAAUCUCUAAAUAUAAUCAUCAAUUCAAUAUAAGUCUCAACUUGUAUAUGAAAGAUGAUUUUUAUUAUAAUCAUUUUCAGUUGAGAAUGCCCUCCAGAUCCCCAUGUAACAUUAGUUAUAUGUUACUCAAUCUAGCUUAAUUCUGUUAUUCUCUGAAGCAUUCAACAUUUUAAAAGAAUAAUGUAAUCAAUGUAAAAGGUAACAGAAGAAAUCUUAAAAUACGUUGUUUUAUCAACAGAAUAUUUAAAAUAAGGGGAUCUUAAGUGCAGUUUUUAGGGACGGGGAGGUGGCUUGUAUUAGGGAUAGAGUGCAUAUUUUAUAUGUGUAGGUAUUUUGUACCUGUUCAAUCCUUAGCAGCACAUAAAAUGCUAAGUGUUCUGUUCUUGCUUGCUUUCCUUCACAUACAUUCAAACUAGAAAAAGUUGAAAUGCAGGUUUUGCACCUCCUUUUUUUUUCCCUUACAUCAUUUCACAUAUAAAAUUGCCAAUCAUCUUAGAAGGGACUUUUAUUUUUAUUAUUAAAUCAUUUUAGGGGAGAAAAUAAUGAUUUACAAAAUAAUUGUCACCUGAGUGCCAUAUGUUACCUCCUCAAGAUUGACAUCUGCCCUUCAUAUUCAUUACUGACACUGUCUUUCACCAUUGUGCAUGAAGCUGAACAAGUUUUUAACAUUUGGGAACCUAAUUGCUUUUUACAGUGCUAAUUAGUUGUUUAAGACUCUCGGCCAAAACCCAAAUUUAAAUUAUCUGUGUUAUUUUUCAACAAUAUUAGUCUUGACUCUAUUGAUUACAUAUGAUAUUCCUGUUCCUGCCUAAAUGUAGUUGUAAUGUGUAAUUAAGUCGUUUAAGAAAAAAUUUCCAAAUGCUUACAUCUGUCCAGAAAUAUACUUUAUACUUAUUAAAAGGUCUGAAUUCUCUAGUGACACAGCUUCAUUGACUUUGUUUCAAUUAGAAAUACCAUAACCAACUAGCUUAAUAAGCACACAUCAUAUACUUAUGCAAUUUGGAAUACUACAAAUGUGCCUUGUUAAUUAUGUGUGAUAUUAUUUCAUAAGUUAAUUACCAUUACUAUCAUUAGUAUUUUAAGAAAAAAUGGUAAUUCUAUUUAAAGUGUAUACAGAAGUGGAAUAUUAUCUGUCAUGAUUAAUUUCUAUGGAGCUUUGUGGUAGAGCAACUGGUUAAGUGUACAAGUCUGCACAUGUCUAGCAUUCUCUUUCCCUCUCUCUCUCCCCCUGUUCUCUCAGUUUCUCUUUCCUAUCAAGUAAAAAUUGAAAGAAAAAAAAAAAAAGGCUGCCAGGAGUGGUAGAUUCAUAGUGUUGGUACCAAGUUCCAGGGACAACCCUGGUAGGAAAAGAAAAAAAAAAAAGCUACUCAAACUCAGUGAUGGCUUUGCAUCAAGCAUUGUUAUGUAACAAAGAAACCAUCAAAUCUCAGUGGCAUAUAAGAAGUGCUUCUCAGAUGUCUUGAGUUCACCUGCAGAUAAGACCUCUUAACUGGGCCCUGGUAGAAAGCUUUACCCAGGGCACAGAUCACAAUGGGAUAGAUUACUUGCGGUAAAUUUUGGAUUUUGGUCUCUUACACAUGUGCUUAUUCUGGAGCUAGAACUGAAGGGAAAGAAGCUAAUCAAGGAAAAGCUUUUCCCCUGACAAAGGAAAACUGACUAGAAUAGAAGGACUUACUACGGAAUGUUAUACUGUUAUUUCUACCUACCUACCUUGGCCAGAUUAAAAUAAAUCAAAUGGUGCAGUCCAAAGAAAAUGUAAAAAAUUUUACCCUCCACCUUGAGUGGGCAAACCUGUAAAGUGAGGUAGCAAAGAACAAGGGAUGAGAGGUUAGAGAAUUGGGUAAGUAAUUUAUUCCAUAGCACAUACCAGUUUAACACAAGAGGAAUAUCCCAGAUUCUGAGUUAAAUAGAAAUUUUCCAGUAAAUUGAUUCCCAGGACACCUCUAAAGGCACUUAAAUUAAUAACAGUACACAAAAUCCGCAAUCCAGGAUAUAUUCUUGUCAUUCCCCCAUCCCUCCCCUAAUCAUUAUACAAGACUGGUAAACAUAUAAGCAAGAGAAAUAACCCUUUCUUCCCACUGCAGGCAGUCAACAUAAUGAUCCGAAGAAGCCAUUUGUAACAUAAUAGAUCUCUUUAAUUUCAGUAGUCUUGAAAGCUUUGAGAUUUGAAAAUUAGCCUAGAAAAUGUAUUCAUUAUAGAAAAAAAUUAAGCUAGGAUCCUCAUUAAUCUACUGGGUAGAAAUGCAUUUUAUUUCCAGUUGACAUUAUUGCAUGUAAAAAUUUAACUUUAGAUAAUUUCAUGAUACCUAACCCUUCAUUAUCCUAUGUUUCGGUCUAUAAUUGUGUUAUCUUUGUAUUAAGUUCUAAAUCCCCUACUGGUAAAAAACAUGAUAAAUUGAGAUACUUGUAUCAUUGUGUGUAUGUAAAGCAGUGAAAGAGAACAAAUACAACUUAGCAGUUUUGAUUUGAUUAUUAUCUACAAUUUUAGGGAUAAGAGUAACAGAAGGAAUAUAAACUAGGCAGCAUGGAGACGAAAACAGGAUGGAAAAUAAAAAGCCAAUAGCCAGUCCUAAAAAUGAAAGAAAUUAUAAAAGUGAUAAAGAACGCUAACACUCAUACAGUAUUUUGUAUGUGUGUAAAUAUAAAAUAAAUGUCAAACACUGAAUUAAGUAUACCAAAAGUAAAGAUGGAGGAAGUUAUGAAAGUGAGGGUGAACACAGUAUUUAUGUAUCUGUUUAAAUAUAAAAUAGACAUCAAACACUGAUUUAAGUAUAUCAAAGUCAGUCUACUAAGAUGCCAAGAUAUGCAGGUGAUAACCAUAGCAGACUAUAAUCUAUAGAAAAAUAUUUGUUUUUCUCUCUGCCAACUGGGUGGAGCUUAGUGCCUGCACUAUUCCGCCACUCCGAUGGGCCUUUUUCUUUCUUCACUCUAGAGGAUGAGAGAUGAAGAGAGACAGAGAGAUAAGGAAAGACACCUUAGCACCACAGCAGUGCCGCACCAUUCAUGAAGCUUCUCUCAUGCAGGCACUCCCAUGGAGUCCUCGCUGGGGCCUUAAGCUUGGGUUUUUAUACAUGGUCCUAAAGCAUUGUUUCUCAAAAAUAGUCCCUAGGACUGUAGUGUCAGCAACACAUUUGAAUCUGAUAAAACGUAAAUUGUAGGGCCCCACAGUUAAUGUAUUACAGCAUUGGGAAAUGUUGGGGCAGAGCUCAGCAGUCUGUAUUUAAUCAAGUCCUCUCCAUGAUUCUGAAGUCCAUUCAAGUUUGAGAACCACUGUGGCAAUCACUGUUUUCACUAAACAAGAGUCCUCAAUUCUGGUAAACUCAUGCAGAAAGUAAAAAUUCAAUGCUCUUCAAUUACUUAAUUGAAUUUUUAAAUUUCUUCCUGUGUCUCAAAAUUCUGAAAUACAGUUUUGGGGGAACUAAAUCAUUCAGAAUUCACUUAAAAUGACUAACAAGUAUAUAAACAUAUAGGCCAAGUAAAAACCAAACAAAUGUUGUAUCAGAGCCAUAAAAUAAUUAACUUGGAUAGUAUGCUGUUUUGUUACGUAAGCCACAAAGUUUACAUCUGUCCCUUAUCACACUGAAAGAAGCUGUGGUUCUGUGGUUUCUUUCUCUCUCUGAUUCUGUCUCUAUCUGAAAAAGUUAUCCCAGAGCGGUGAAGUUCAGAGAUUAAAAAAAAAAAAAAAAGCUCUUGCAUUGCUACAUUUAGCUCUUAACUUCUUCCCAAAAAUAAUGUCUUUCUUCUGCUGGCAUUUUUAUUAUUAUACCUUGAGGUUAAGUGACAUAAUUGCCACUUUCUGCUUGAAUUUUGGUAUAGAUUGAUGAACAUUACAGAUAGAAGCAGAGAUGAUGUUGAUUUGAAGUUGAAAAAUGAAGGUAUCAUCAGAACAUCCAUCUUACUCCAAGACAAUCUUUGCGCAUGUGGUAAAUAAAGCAUGGUUACAAAUAUAUUAUUCUGUCUCUACCCUGGAGAUGGAAUUCUAUUCUUUAAAUCCUUCUAGAAUGUAGUAAGCUAUAAAUAAGUGAGAAUGAAUAAAUGGUUGCCUCUUUUUAA